CUUUUGGCUUUGAAAUUAGAAAUAACGUCUCCUUGAUGAGAUGAUCUUGAAAUACGAGACGGAGCAUUAUGGUAGGAGAUUUGGGAUGUCGUGCCCCGUACAGCAAAUAUAUAAGUCGACUCUCCAGCUUCAUAAAGGGGAUAUCAUCAUCCUCACAGAACAUUAGCACACUCAGAAUUCACUACAGCGAUCCCAUCGUUUUCCUAUCCUUUUUAUCAUCAAAACCUCUUAUCCACUUCCAAACUUCAAGAUGAAGGUCUUCGUUAUCCUCUUUUGCCUUGCAUCAGCAACUCUUUCUCUCGCCGCUCCAACCACUAAAGCAAACGCCACAUUUGCGAAUACAGCCAGCGUCCGUCAGCAACUUGUCGAUAAUCUCUUCGUCGCGCCCGACCUCAUCAGGGUUCAUAACGUAAAAACCAACCUAAACACCGACACCGACAGCACCACAACCCAGCGUGCCGCUCUUAUCGAAACCAGUACACUUUACGAAGUCAAGAUCCCCCAAACCGCACCAGGUGCAAAUUGUUCAUUGGUGCUUUUCGCGGGCGCCUUUGGGGAUGUAGUCAGCGGAGCACAAUCUGUUAACUUUUUCAACAAUACGAUCUCAGACCUAGCGAAACAGGGGAUGGGGAACCUUCGAGACCGGGACUUAGGUCGUGUGAACUUCAAUCCUGACACGAAGUUAUUUGACUUCGACGAGACGGUUGUUAAGGACCCUAUUGCUAAGUGGUUUGAAUGCCCCCCUGCCGGUACGACAAUGGUCUUCGAGGCGGUCGCGGUGGGCGAUUUCGAUGCUGUUAAUAUCACUCAGGCUCCUAGUAGCGCGAUUAAUCCGCCAAAUGGGUUCAGUCUUCGGAUCUACUAGAGGGGUAAUACUAUGUGGUGUUUGACUAGGGUGCUCGGAGUUGAUGACGACGUGGCUAUUCCGAUUCUCUCGUUUAUUAUGGAGUUUGGUGUUACUUCUAUUCCGUGUUUAUGGGGUGGCUUGCAUGUAUCGGCGGUUACGGACGGGUUAGGUAGACUUGGGUAAGGGUAUGAGGAGUUGGUCUGGGUUAAGAGGACAUUCUUUCAUUACAGCACUAUUAACAUAGUAUCAAUUCGCUUUUUUUUCUAUGUUGAUGUUGAAGUAGGUUCAUAA